CCUGGCCCGGCACAGCCUGCUCUGCCGGAUUCCCGGCUCUCCCCGAGGCUUGGUUUUCAGUCCCGCCGUUUCCUGGAGCCAAAUGGCUCCUGCCUGCCUGCUCGGGGUCUGCAGCCUCCUCUGCGCCUGGGCACUGGUGACGGGACACCCCUGCAACCUCGACCACCAGGGCUGGGCCGACUGCCACGGGAAGAACCUCCAAAAUGCUCCAAGUUCCCUUCCAAACAACAUCACCAGUUUGGACCUCUCCUUCAACUCCUUGGUCAUGCCCCAUCACAGGACUCUCCUGAUGCAUUUCCCUUCCCUUCACACUCUCAACCUCUCUAGCAAUGCCCUUCUGGUACUGAGCCCAGCAGCCUUCUCCAACCUUGGAGCACUGCAUCUGCUGGACCUGAGCAGCUGCAGCAUCACCUACCUCCACAUGGAUGCUUUCAAGGGCCUGGGAAACUUGCACACACUGCUCCUAAGAAACAACAGCCUGCAAGAGCUUGAGGUUUCUUUGUUCCUGCCACUGAAGGCACUUUUCCACCUGGACCUGCAGCAGAAUGCGCUGGUCUCUGUGGACAUGUGGAGCCUGCAGCUGAUGGAUGCAGUCCCACAGGUCUGGCUGGAAGGGAACCCCUGGCUCUGUGACUGCAGCGCGCUCCCUCUGCAGCAGUGGCUGCAGCGCAGGCAAGCUGUGCAGGUAACCUGUGCAUCACCCCCGUGGCUGCGGGGCCACAAGGUCGCAGCACUGGGUUCCCAGGAUCUGGGCUGCUGGAUGAAGCAGCGGUUUCCUCGGGAGGUCAGCACGGUGCAGCAGAUCACAGUGACCUACAGCAACACCACUGCACCACCCACCGGGAAAGGCGGAAGGAGCUGGCCGUACCUGGUGGGCUUCCUGGUGGCAGCAAUUGGCAUCUCCAUCUUGAUUGCACUGGCUGCCAAGUGCAAGGUCUUCCACAAGAACUUCACCAGCUACCACCACCGGCCACUGCCCGAAACCAGCUCUAUCGGAGGCAGCCCCAUGGAGGACAGCAGCAGCUGGGACAGGGGCUCCUCAGGCCAGGGGGGCUGCCACCCCAUGCCUGGUGCUGUCGACCUGCAAGGUGAGGAUGAUGAUGGUUUCAUUGAGGACAACUAUAUCCAGCCAAGCGAGCAGGUGCCAGAGGAUGAGCAGCGGCAGUUGCAUCUCUCCAUCUGAGCCUGCAGUCCAGCAGCCUCUCGCUGUCCCCUCACCUCCAUCCCCAUCCUGCCCUUUCCCACCUUCCCUCGGCAUUUAGCCCC